GAAUUUUUCAUUGCCUCGCCCCAGGGGCACCAUGCUGCCUCUGCCUGUGUUGCCUCCUGCUAUUUUUUUUCCCACUCCAGCCCUCUCUUUCACUCUCAGUGGUAUUAUUCUGAAACAGGGAGCUGUGGUUGGUUGUUUUAUGGUUGACCCAGCUGUAUGGGGUAGCUCUCAGUUCCUCAUCUGCGCUCCAUGGCCUGCCAUCUCUCCAGCUCUGGCUCCUACACCAUCACCAUCAUCCCCCUCAAGACCAGCCUCUACAGCCCGGACGCCCUCCACUUCUACCUCUGGAUCAAGCAUCUGAAGGACUUAGAGAAGGAGAAGGAUGCUCUAUGGUCCGGUCUGGAGAUUCUGGAGAAGGCUCGGCUCUGGUACAUCCAGCGGCUCAAGGAAAACCAGGCCCAGCAGGACAUCGAGAGCAGAAAAGGGUCAGGAAACUACCUGAACGUUGCAGCAAAGGCUCGAUCUUGCCUCCUCAGAUCUUACAUGCAGCAGGUUAAUGGCUCUUUGGGUUCUGUGAUGAGUGAGCCCAAUGCCAGCAGCAACCCGUCUCUUGAUAACAUGGAAGAUGCUGACCUCCGGUGGUACAACACGGUGCUAACCCAGAAAGUGAGUGACAAGAACCGUCAGAUCUCUUUGUUAGAAAUGGAGAAAGGUGACCUGCUUCAACAGCUCGAGGACCUGCAGGCCUGCUGACUGAAGUAGUAAAUGGAGACAGAAAGACUCAGCUCUUUUUCUUUUCUUUUUCUCAUAAAUUUAUUUAAUAUAAAGGAAAUUGUCAAGCUGAAAAUAGACCGUAGCAGCUGAUUUUCUGACCAGAUCGUGAAAGAAAACUCUCUUGUUCAGCGCGAAUCAGUAGAACACAUAAGCAGAUAAGUUUUAUAUUAAAGUAAAGUUUGUUAGAAGUGAAAAACUGUACCGGGAAGUGCACCUUGUCAAGAAUGAAAUCAUAUCAAAGGAAAGCUAAGCUCCUCAGAAAUGGAUGUUGUGAGCCGGGUUGAGUACUCUCUCUUCAUCAACAUAUCUGAGUGUGUUUGCAGGAGAGGGAGCGGCAGCUGCACCUGAUCUGCUAAUCAACGGGUCGACUACUUAAGAGGGAUGGUGAACACAGCUCGACGCCGGAUGAUUGCUACUGCUUGGUACUUGAUACAUCAGGAUUACUCACCCAACUCCAUAGGACUCCGGACCGUCUCGCUCUGCAACGUUCAUCAUCCACUCGCCCUGAUCAACCCGCUCUCUCUCAACCCCCACGCUCCCUCUCCAGCUCUGCACACUCCCCUCUUGGAUCAACCCUGGCUCACUACCUCCCCUCACUCCCCAAUCCCACUCAACCCCAACGCUGCAUUCCCGUUCCCAGUCCACUGGACUUCCCAGUGCGUCUUUAGUUAUCGUUGUUCCAAAUUAAAAUAUUAUUUUUUCCAUCCAUCUGUGUUCGGGUUUGAUUCUGCAUGUCUUGGAUUAGACACCUCCCCCAGAACAUGACAAUGGAACACUUAAAGUGACUGUGUGUAUUUUUCCUGAUGAUAGGGGGGCAGUAGAUACCUAAAUUGUUGCAAGCUAGCAGUAUUUUUGUGUUGUAAGACCUUACCAACGUAUGCCCAUUAAGGUCAAAAAGCAGUGCAUUAGGCAGUGCAAACUUUAGCAAACUAACAAGCACAUCAGACUCCCUUUCAUCACUGGCAACGAGUGAAGAAGUACAUGUGUAAAACAACAACAUUUAAGAGUGGCGAAAAUUUUGUAACCAUUUGUUAUGAAUAUGUAAAUGCAUUUUGUCCUCAUGGGCUCCUGUAUAAGGAAACAUGACAUUUAAUAUGGUGUCGCCCAGUGACUUAGACUCGCUCCCAUGUAUUUUAGAUCUGAUUUUUAUGGUUUUAUGUUAAGAAGCCGCCAAUAUUUUUCAACAACUGGGAUUUUAUUCAUUUUCAACAACAUUUUGAUGGAUAUUUCCAUUAACUAAUGGUAAAAACUACAUAUAGUCUCUUAAAUCAAGGGAAGUUUAGCUUGUCAGAAAUAGGAAAUUGUACCGGAGGCUACUACAUGGUCUAGCCCUGGGAUUGAAAUAGGAUCAUACAUGUACUCUAUAUUACAAAUGGGUCUUAUCUAGUAACAAGGUCUCCCUUAUUCUUAUUUUUCUGCACACAGACCAGAAUCACAUUGACCCAAGCUGCUCGGCAAACUAACUUUUCAGUCCCUUGAUUCUUUGUAAAUAUCUAUUUAAAUAUAGAAAUUGUAAUAACGGCUGCAUCAUUUGUUCCUUUGUAUUUUUAGAGUAUGAAACAACUUGGUUGAACAACUAAAAAUCAAGCCCCGCAGUUAGGAUGAAGUUUAAAAUCAUGUUUUGAACCUACAUCAAGAAUGCAUGCUGUACCAUGUCCAGCUUUACUGAAUGAGAAAUGCACAAGACAUGGUAAUUUAAGGAUUUCACUGCUUAAUUGAAAGGUUUCUGCUAAAAUCCCUCCAGUUCCUAACAUGCACAAUGGCACUAUAUGUGCCAUCUGAGCUGGUUUCAUCUAAAAGAUCAAUGGUUAAGACGACGGUGUUCUUUUAUCUCAGUGUUGUGUCAUCUUUAUUACAUUUUCCAAUAAAACAUGCAGGAUUUCGUCUGAAUUUGAUUAUUUUUUGGAUCACAAGAUUUUAUUAUUGUCAGACACAAAUGGUUUCAUGCCAAACUGCAUCAGUAUUUCAAUGAAAAACAACAAUCCUCCAUGAUUGUGCAUCCGCUUCCUUGUAUUUCCGUCCCUGGAUAAGGGUUCUCUGUCCGGACACGCUAGAAGAACCUUUCCUGGUGGUCCCACGCUGGUUUUACGGCAACUGAUAAAGCUUAUCUCAUCCAGUCAUCUUUCCUGUGUGCAGAAAUGAUCCUCACACGCAGAGAAGCUCUGAUUGUUUGCACAAAGAAAAUAUGUGUUUCUUAUCCACUGAUGCUGUCUCACCCAGCAGUAUUGACUGUAUUUCCAUACUUGUUGUACUUAUAAUUAAUGUAUGUUGCAUUUAGUGUUUUCAAUGUUUGCAUAUUUUCUCAAAAUCCCAUUUUUGGCUCCAAUUUCUGCACACUGAGUAAUGAGCUCAUUGUACCUGAGUGAGUGUUUACACAGGGGCCCAUAUGGCCCCUUUGUUGUUAUUUAUCUGAUCUUUACAACUUUACAGAAGGAAAUACAGCUCUGCAAAAUGUGUUGCACCAUUACAGGGUUAUGUUUUAUGUUUGUCACAUUUAAAUGUUUUUUAGAUCAGCAAAAAAAAAAAAAAUAA